UUAUCCCAAAGUAUGGGCUUCUUGGCUAUUGCAUAAAGACUGCAAAAAAUAUCCAUAGAUUUUUGCAGCCAUGUCAUCUCUAGGCAUUACAGCUUCUGUGCAGAGAGCCUCGAGCUCUUAUCAUGGCAGUAAGAAGCAAUGGCGUAAAGUUCACGCCAAAUCUCUGCAAUCUCCAGGGACAAAGCGGGCAAAAAGCCAUGUCGUGACUACUAAAGAUGUCGAGGGCCACCAUAACGAGCUGAAUGUGGUUGAAGUGACAGAGAAAUCCGGUUUGCUGGACGAAGAUGAGAGCCGAGGAGAUGGUGGAGGCUCGGUGUCUCGUUCCUCUCCGAGAUUUUCAGAUGAGCGGUGGAGAAAUGGUACUUGGGACCUGAACAUGUUUGUGAAGAAUGGGAGAAUGGAUUGGGAUGCAGUCAUUGUUGCAGAAGCGAGAAGGCGAAAACAUCUCGAAUUGUUCCCUGAAGCAGCAACAGAUCAGGAACCAGUUCUCUUCAGAAGCUCCAUCAUACCAUGGUGGGCAUGGAUCAAGCACUCUCACCUCCCAGAAGCUGAGCUGCUAAACGGCAGGGCUGCAAUGCUGGGAUUUUUCAUGUCCUAUAUCGUGGACGCUCUGACAGGGCUCGAUGUCGUUGGCCAAGCUGGGAAUUUCCUGUGCAAGGCUGCGCUUUUUGCGACAGUCGGGGGCGUGAUGCUGUUCAGGAAACGACAGGAUUUCGAUAACCUGCGAGAUCUGGUGGACGAGGCAACGUUUUACGACAAGCAAUGGCAAGCAUCAUGGAAAGAUCAGAACCAUGCUGAUGGUUCAGGGCAACGUGAGAAGUAGUAAUCUUCAUGGAUUUCUGCUAAGCAGACAUGAUUUCUCUCAUGAAAUGAAACUCUUGCACUAUCAUAAGAUGUUGGAUCUUAUUUUAGUCAGCAUAAUUCAGUGAAUGAAAGAGGAAAAACACAUACUUUUGUGUGAUAUUUUACUCGAGAGAGAGUUUUGAAGUGUUACCUGAUAUGAAUAAGAUUAGUUUUGGUGUGUGGUUCUAGUUGACUGAUUGGUUGAGAAAACAUUUUUUCAUACAAAUUUGUUAUUCUCGGUA